CCGCGCUACGCCAUGGGGGGCGGAGCCUAAGGGAGACGCUCGGGAGUGUUUGGCUCCCGGGCAGCUCGGUCCAUGGCUGAUGCGGUGAGUUCGAGGUCUGCUGGCCGCAGGAGCCGGGCUUCUCGCGCCUCAAGAGAUACCGCAGGUACUAAACAGACAAGGACCCAGAAACAAGAAGAUGCUUCUAAAAGAAAAGCAGAAUUAGAGGCAGCUGUGAGAAAGAAGAUUGAAUUUGAGAGAAAAGCUUUACAUUUUGUUGAACAGCUUUUAGAAGAGAAUAUUACAGAAGAAUUCCUAAAGGAGUGUGGGAAAUUCAUAACACCUGCUCACUACAGUGAUGUUGUGGAUGAGCGUUCUAUUGUCAAGCUUUGCGGUUAUCCCUUAUGCCAGAAGAAACUAGGAAUUAUACUAAGGCAGAAAUACAAAAUUUCUACAAAAACCAAUAAAGUCUAUGAUAUUACUGAAAGAAAGUGUUUCUGUAGCAACUUUUGUUACAGAGCAUCCAAGUUUUUUGAAGCACAAAUUCCUAAAACUCCAGUAUGGAUUCGAGAAGAAGAAAGCCAUCCUGAUUUUCAGCUGCUACAGGAAGGACAAAGUGGCUAUUCUGGAGAAGAAGUACAAUUAUGCUCUAAAGCCAUUGAAACCUCAGAUAUUGACAAUCCUGACCACUUUGUGAAGAAUUAUGAAUCCAGUUCUUCUAGCACUCAUAGUGAUAGUAGCAGUGAUAAUGAACAAGACUUUGUUUCCUCCAUUUUACCAGGAAACAGAGAAAAUGCAACAGGUAUAAGGCCACACCUGCACAAAAAAAGCAUUAUGAAAAAGAAAACUUGUCAAAAGUCUGACUCCAAAUAUGAAGACAAAGAUCAGUCAGUAGUAGAUCUCACUGAGCAGCUAGAUAAUUGCAGAUUAGUUAAUCAGGAAAAAGCUACUGCUUGUGAAUUUGCUGUACAGAAAGUAGAUACUCAUAUUUCUUCAAAUAGUGCUUUGCCAGAAAAACCUGAAAAUAAAUACAAUAAUUCAAAUAUAACUCUAGUAGGCAUAAGUAAGAAAAGUGUUGAACACUUUAAGAGGAAAUUUGCGAAAUCAAACCAAGUUUCUAAGUCAGCUUCUAGUUCAGUGCUGGUGUGUUCUGAAAUUGCAAAGACAAACUUGCUUAAGGUCCUGAAGGAGACUUUAAUGGAAUGGAAGACAGAAGAAACUUUGAGGUUUUUGUAUGGUGAGCAUUUUGCUUCUGUGUGUCCAAAACCCUCUUCAGCACGUCUGGUUAAUGAAGAACUUGAUGAAGAUGACAUAAGCUGUGACCCAGAUAGUUAUUCUCCUGCCUUGAAAGAAUCUCAGAGCAGCUUGGAUGAAUCUUUACCUUUUAAGACCUCAGAUACAGCCAUUAAGCCACUGCCAAGUUAUGAAAACUUGAAAAAAGAAACUGAAACAUUAAAUCUAAGGAUCAGAGAGUUUUAUAGAGGGCAGUAUGUUUUGAAUGAAGAAACCACUAAAUCACAAGACUCAGAAGAGCAUGAUCCCACCUUUCCACUGAUAGACUCAAGUUCUCAAAGCCAGAUUAGAAAACGGAUUGUACUUGAAAAACUGAAUAAAGUAUUACCUGGACUUUUGGGGGCUCUUCAGGUUACACCAGGAGAUAUUUACACACAGCUAAAGGGCCUUGUCCGAACUUUUAGAUUAACAAAUAGAAAUAUUAUACAUAAACCUGCAGAAUGGACCUUAAUUGCAGUUGUGUUGCUGUCACUACUGACUCCAAUUCUUGGCAUCCAGAAGCAUUCAAAGGAAAAUUUGGUGUUUACACAGUUUAUAGCUACUCUACUUGAAGAAUUACAGUUAAAGAAGGAAGACCUUGAAAGUUUAACCAUCAUAUUUAAAACCUCCUGUUAACCACUGGUAAGUUCUUACAAUAGUUGCCUGUUUAGAUAACCAGGUAUAUCCUUGAGACGUUCUCUCCACUCUUAUUUUAUGCCUCUUUGUAGGCUACUACGGAUGUUUCUUGCAGUCUAGGAAACACUCUAUUGGCUUCCAGAGUACUGGGGGGUUUGAAUCGGGAAACUUCAAGCAAGAGAGUUUGUUUGCAUAGCCAUUAUGCUCUCUCCCUGAUUUUAUAUAUAAAUUAAAAAGACGAAAGUCCAUUUUCUCCUUCCCAGAAACAUACUUGAUGAAUAUUUUGAGUUUUUGUAGGGAAAAAAAAAAUCCUUUGAGCAAUCUUUAAAUAUAAGAGGAGUGUUUUGGCAAGAAAGAACAGUGUUUAUUGAACCUGCUACCCAACUUAAGAAAUGAGUUCAGGUUAACCUAUGGAAGCAUUGAUAGUUCCAAGGCCCUUAAAAGAUGUUGAGAUUAGAGUAUUGUUUUCUUGAACUUCAGGGUAUGAAGUAUUGAGUCAAUCAUAUUCCUAAGCUCAUGAGACC